AAUAUCAAGCGAAACGAGGAAAAAAGACAGGGAUGAACGCCAUGUCUGAUCCCGCUGUGGAGGAGUGAAAGAGAGCGCUAGAGAGAAAGAGUGAGGGAAAAAAAGCACAUAACCUAAGACGGAAAGGAAAUCUCUCACAGGAACCGAGACGACUGAUUCGGCACACGGUGAGAGGGAAGGGCCCGUGUGUGAGGUGGGGUGGGGUGGGGGGGGCUCGGAGCUGCGGAGCUCGCGGCGCGGCCAUGGCGGAGAAUACCGCGGGAAGUGCGCACGGCUCGGCGGCUGCGAAGGCUCAGCUCCGCUGCUCACCGCGCCUCAAGAAACUCGAGAAACUCGCCGUGUACUCUUCCUGCAAGGCUGAAGGAUCUUGUAAGUGUAACGGCUGGAAGAGCCAAAAUCCGCCUCCUACUCCGCCACCUCCGACCCCACCCUGGACUGAGCAACUGAACUCUGCAGUAAAUCUGCUGGAGCCUUGCAGGAGUUGCAGUCACCCUUUAGGAGAUCAUGUAACGCAUCUGGAGAAUGUAUCGGAGGAAGAGAUGAACAGGUUACUGGGUAUUGUGCUGGAUGUGGAAUAUCUCUACACAUGCGUCCACAAAGAGGAGGAUGCUGACACUAAGCAAGUCUACUUCUCUCUGUUUAAGUUGCUAAGGAAAUGCAUCCUGCAGAUGGGGAGACCUGUGGUGGAGGCUUUAGAGAGUCCACCAUUUGAGAAGCCCAGCAUCGAGCAGGGGGUGAAUAACUUUGUUCAAUACAAGUUCAGUCACCUGCCAUCUAAAGAGCGUCAGACCAUCAUGGAACUAGCUAAGAUGUUCCUUAACCAGAUCAACUUCUGGCAACUGGAGACGCCAUCGCUGAGACGGCAGCGGGUUCAAAUUGAUGAUACAGCCAGCUACAAAGUCAACUACACCAGGUGGCUUUGUUACUGUAAUGUGCCGCAGUUUUGUGACAGUCUCCCGCACUAUGAAGCCACACAGAUCUUUGGUCGCACUCUGCUGCGUUCUGUCUUCACCAUCAUGAGAAAGCAGCUGCUGGAGCAGGCCAGGCAGGAGAAAGACAAACUGCCUCCAGAGAAACGAACACUUAUCCUCACACACUUCCCCAAGUUCCUGUCAAUGUUGGAGGAGGAGGUGUACAGCCCAAAUUCUCCCAUCUGGAGUGAAGACUCCAUAGGUGGUGCAACAGGUGGACAUAUCCCUAGAGUGAUCAAUACACCCCAAGUGGCCCGGCCACUCCACUGCAACACUACCUCAUCUCCAGUGGGCCUGACAGGAACAGGCAGCUCAAGUCCUGCUCCCAAAACUGCAACCUCUUUGGAACCCAGUGCAGGUGGAGAGAAGCGAAAGUCCUCUGAGCCAACGUCCCAUGAAGACACUAAGAAAGUACGAGUCAUGGGUGACAUUCCUAUGGAGCUGAUUAAUGAAGUCAUGUCCACCAUCACAGACCCUGCUGCUUUGCUUGGACCAGAGACCAGUCUCCUUUCUGCUCACUCAGCACGAGACGAGGCUGCACGCUUGGAAGAGAGACGAGGAGUGAUAGAGUUUCACGUCAUUGGCAACUCCCUCAACCAGAAGCCUAACAAGAAGAUCUUGAUGUGGCUGGUGGGCCUUCAGAAUGUUUUCUCUCACCAGUUGCCCAGAAUGCCCAAAGAGUACAUCACACGCCUCGUUUUCGACCCAAAACACAAGACCCUUUCUCUGAUCAAAGAUGGCCGUGUAAUCGGUGGGAUCUGCUUUCGGAUGUUUCCGUCUCAGGGCUUCACGGAAAUAGUAUUUUGUGCUGUGACCUCCAAUGAACAGGUCAAGGGUUAUGGAACACACCUGAUGAACCAUUUGAAAGAGUAUCACAUCAAACAUGAGAUCCUGAACUUCCUCACGUAUGCUGAUGAGUAUGCCAUAGGCUACUUCAAAAAGCAGGGAUUCUCUAAAGACAUAAAGGUUCCCAAAGCCAAGUAUGUAGGCUACAUUAAGGACUAUGAGGGAGCUACGCUAAUGGGCUGCGAACUUAACCCUAGCAUACCGUAUACAGAGUUCUCUGUCAUCAUUAAGAAACAGAAAGAGAUCAUUAAGAAGCUGAUCGAGAGGAAGCAGGCACAGAUUCGCAAGGUGUAUCCGGGUCUAUCCUGUUUUAAAGAGGGCGUUCGGCAGAUUCCCAUCGAGAGCAUUCCAGGCAUACGUGAAACCGGCUGGAAACCUUUGGGAAAAAGCAAAGAGGUGAAAGAUCCAGAUCAGCUGUGUAGCACCUUAAAAACCAUUCUACAGCAAGUCAAGUCCCACCAGAAUGCAUGGCCCUUUAUGGAACCAGUAAAGAAGAAUGAUGCACCUGGUUAUUAUCAAGUCAUUCGCUUUCCUAUGGAUUUGAAGACUAUGAGCGAGCGGCUGAAGAGUCGCUACUACACCACAAGGAAGCUGUUCAUGGCGGACAUGCAGCGGAUCUUCACAAACUGUCGGGAGUACAACCCUCCUGAGAGCGAGUACUACAAAUGUGCUAAUCUGCUGGAGAAGUACUUCUACAUUAAGAUUAAAGAGACUGGCCUUAUCGGCACGUAGAAGGGAA